GUCACCACAACCACACACACCACCAUGGAAGCUGCUCUCGCAACAUGCACUCUUCCACCAUCUCCCAGAAUCCUCAAACCAAAACCUCGAUUCCGAUGCUCCCUCUCCAACCCCAAACCCAUCUCCUUAAACUCCCUCAUCUUCAAAUCCCCACCGUCAAAAUCCAAUCUUUUCACAACCGCAGUAACAUCAUCAUCACCAACCGUCACGACAACGAACUCCCCACCCGAAUCCGAACCCGGAUCCGAUUCAUCAUCGGAAAAAUUCGACUGGUACGCUAACUGGUACCCGGUGAUGCCACUCUGCGAUCUCGACAAGAAGGUCCCACACGGGAAGAAAAUCAUGGGGAUUGAUGUGGUGGUUUGGUGGGACAGGAACGAGAGUCAGUGGAAAGUGAUGGACGACACGUGUCCUCAUCGUCUUGCUCCCUUGUCUGAUGGGAGGAUUGAUCAGUGGGGGAGGUUGCAGUGUGUUUAUCAUGGUUGGUGUUUCAACGGUUCCGGUGAUUGUAAGCUUAUUCCUCAAGCUCCUCCUGAUGGUCCUCCGGUGCAUACUUUCAAGCAAGCUUGUGUAGCUGUUUACCCAAGUGUAGUGCAGCAUGAGAUUCUUUGGUUUUGGCCUAACAGUGAUCCCAAAUAUAAGGAUGUUCUUGAGACCAACAAGCCUCCUUACAUUCCUGAGUUGGAAGAUCCAUCGUUCACUAAGCUCAUGGCAAAUCGUGAUAUUCCCUAUGGGUACGAUGUCUUGUUGGAGAACCUCAUGGACCCGGCUCAUGUUCCCUAUGCACAUUAUGGACUAAUGCGUAUUGGUAAACCAAAAGAGAAGGUUGACAGAGAAGGAGGGAAACCACUCGAAAUCACCGUGAGAAGGCUAGACAAGGAAGGGUUCUUUGCAAGACAAGAAUGGGGUUAUGCUAAUUUUAUAGCACCAUGUGUGUAUCGAUCUUCCACAGAGCCUCUAAGUGAACAGGACAGGGAUUCUGUCACACCAUCUGCUGCAUCUGAAAAGGCGCCAUUGGGGAAGCGCAAAUUGUCAUUGAUCUUUAUAUGCAUUCCGGUCAGCCCCGGUCGCAGUAGACUAAUAUGGACGUUCCCUAGAGAUUUUGGCGUAACUAUUGAUAAGAUUGUUCCUAGAUGGAUGUUCCACAUUGGUCAAAACACGAUUCUAGACUCAGACUUGCACCUCCUUCAUGUCGAGGAGAGGAAGAUACUUGAAAGGGGUCCUGAAAACUGGCAGAAAGCUUGCUUCAUCCCAACUAAAUCAGACGCUCUUGUGGUUACAUUCAGGAGAUGGUUGAACAAGUACAGUGGAGCUAAAGUUGAUUGGAAAGGAAAGUUUGAUCCGUCUCUUCUUCCUCCAACGCCUCCUCGAGAACAGCUCUUUGACAGGUAUCGGUCGCAUGUGGAGAACUGUAGCAGCUGCAAGAAAGCUCACAAGUUUCUCAACGCGUUUGAGGUGAUCUUACAAAUCGCAUCGGUUGCUUUGAUUGGAGUUAUGGCCGUGACGAAGCAAAUUGCAAUAUCUAACGUGGCUAGAAGCGUGUUGGUUGUGGCGGCAGUGUUGAGUUUUGCGGCUUCGAAGUGGCUAUCACACUUCAUCUACAAGACAUUCCAUUACCAUGACUAUAACCAUGCUCUUGUUUGAAAUGGGAUAGUGAUGUGUGUACAUAACACUUUAUACAUUCAUGAAUCCAUCAUUAACAUUUAUACAGGAUACAUUUAUUUAAGCUGUUUACGAGUCUGUUCAACACUUCUACUUAAACGUAAACAUGUUAUCAAAUCUUCUUAAUGGUUGUGUU